CCCCUCAGUGGAUAACCCUGUGAAGAUGAAAACUGCAAAGGAAGAGGAAUUCAGAACAUCACUAUUUGAGAAAUUUCAAACUUCCAAAACAAGUUCUAAAGACAGUACAUGCAAUGCUUUGUCAAAGGACAAUGCAGAAAAUGACAAAGGAAAAAGCUGCAACGCGGCCUCACCAAUAAAUCAAACAUGUCAUUCUACUCCUGUAAAAAAUAAAGCUGGGUAUGGUAGCAAUCCAGCUUUGAGUAACCAAAAGAGGGUACAAAACUCUACACCCGUUGGGGAUGUUGCCAUUUGCAAGAAUGCUUUGAUUAAUUGCAAUACCCAGUCACCAAGGAGAGAUCUUGCAGAUGUCAGUGGUAUGGACUGUGAUAAAACCUUCCUUUCAGCAACUGAAGAAGUUGAUACUUCACAUUAUAAUACAUGUCAUGAAAGUUUAACAGAUCUAUCAUUCACAGCCCAACACAAUGCCACUAGCAAAGGAGAUUUUUUAGAUGCCAGCUUGAGUGGAAUCAAAGAAUCUAAUGUGCAUAAGGAAUCAACGACUGACAAGUUACAGAAAGGUGAAAGUAACAAUGGUGUUGAUUACAAAGAAUGCAAUGAAACUGUUGCCCAGAUAGACAAUCUAUUAAUGUUAAAGGUUGAAGAAUCAGAUGUUGAUACGCCAGAAGAGUCAGAAAAUGAAGAUCUUGACAAAGACCAGAGAAGUAGUUGUGACAGUGUUAUGGAGGAUGAGCAAGUUCACGAUUGUCAUGAUUUAAAAAGGGAAGAAUCUGAUAAGAGUUGUAAUCAGAUCAACAAGCCUUGGGGCAUUAAUGGUGUUCUUCCUGAAGCAUCUUAUUCUUCAAGUGAUUGCAAGGAAGACGAAAAUAGUGAUUUUUUACAAAAAGAGGAGUAUGAAAAGGAAUGCAACCAUAUUAGCAAGCCAUUUAAUAAGAUACGCUUGGAUAGUGAUGUACCCACAAGUGAUGGCGAUAUUUCUGAAGGCUCUGAGUCUGAUGAUGAUCUUUUAACUCCUCCAAGAUUUCUAUAUGAAAAACUACAAUUGAAACCAAAUGUCAGGACACCAGAAAAGGGUAUUGUGCCGGCAUUUUCUACUCCAUCCCCAGUCACCAAGGAUGUAGUAAAAGAAGAUAAAACCAAAUACAAACUUUCCUUUGAAAAGCUAAUAAAGGAGAAGGUAAAACGAAAAGAGAGAGAUGCCGAGCUUGCUGAAAUGGAAGCAGAGUUGCAGAGAGGACUAGAGAAAGGGGGCAUUGCUCAAAUGCAAGUACCGAGCUCAUUUAGUGAUAUUGAAUCGGAGGAGGAACUCACUGAUGGUAAAGACCAGUACAUAUUCAUAAUUAUGUUUUGUCAUUAUUUUUAUUCAUUAAGCCAUUUGCCCUAGGAAAUUUUUCUGAAAAACACCAUUUUGAAGCUAGCACGGUGUUUUUCGAGUCACCAAAGAUCCAAUACUGCCCAAAUAGUGCUCUUGUUUAAAUAUGGAGCCUUCUCCUCCUGAUCCUAAAUUGUGGCCUCUGUGCUUUUGGGACUUUCACAGUUUUAAGGAAAACUUCAACACAGUUUUUGGGUUUAAAAGUGACACUGCCACACCUCCACUACUAAUACCUUUUUCACUUUGUCUACUUCCUGCUUAGUUUGCUUUUCUUUCCCCAUUUUUUUGUUUGUUUUUGGUUUUUGUUUUUUUUGCUGGACAUUAAUGCAGGGCUCAAAAUAACGGAGAGCAGGUCGCCGGUCAUGGUGACUGGCCAAAUAUUUUUUUAGCCCGGACAAACCCUGUUUUUGGCCAGUGAAAUAAUGAAUACAUAAUUUUUUUUUGUCAUGGAAUAUCGAAUUACGCUGGCAAUAGAUCGUUGUACUGCAUUGACAUUCAGGUUUUUGGCGGCAAGUUGGUGAAAAAUUCAUUCACACGUUGUUGAGUUCCUUUCUGCGAUUUUCACCCAUUUUUAUGUCUGUUUAUAUAUAUACCUUGAGUAUCAUCAUAUGGCAGUGUCUGAAGUCUCCAAGGUUCGUCCUAUAUCUGCAUAUCGGUGAAACUAGAUCUUUUUCAUUGCCUGGCGUGUGAUCGAAAGUCUCCUCUACAAAGAAGAAAUGUCGUUAAACAUUUCCGGCAAAGAAGUUAAUUUGGGGAGAAAUUUGUUCUACAAACAGCGUAUUUAUCAUCAGAAGUCAAUAAAUAUACAGCAGAGCUUUCGGUUGGGUCAUAGCCCAACACUUUAUCUUGAAGGGCUAAUUAACGUCAACAGAAAUUUGCACAAUGGUGAUGUUACACGGGACGAUUUGCAACGAUGAUUAUUAGUGCAACAAAUCAUUUCAACAUUGUUGCAACAUUGUUUCGAAUGGUUGCAACAUUGUUUCAACGAUGCUUUGCUGUGUUGCGCUAAAAAUCGUCAUUGCGAAUCGUUUUGUGUAACAUCACCUUAAAACUGUUUACAAAAUGGAGGAUUUCAAGCGCCAAGAUAGGCGACGUUUGUUGUCGAUUAGCUUAGUUUUUAUCAGAAAAUUCUGGAAUUGAGUCCACAAACAAGAUUCAUGUUCGACGUAGAGAAAUUAUUAUAAUUAAUCAAUGCACUGAAAUUUAUUCGCGGAGAAACAGUACACGACGAGCAGUCACAUUACUGAUCACAGCAAAGCCGAACGUACAGUACGACCUGCUGCAUCGUUGCGUUACUCCACAACUCAGUUUGUUGUUGUUUUGCUUUGUUCCGUUUCACUAUGACAUGAUGACAUGAAAUUUAUUGCGGCAUUCUUUUUCUUUAAAGGGUUUAGUGCAAAGCAGCAAAAAAAGCCAAAGAAAAAGAAAUCAUUACAGCGUUAUAGAGCAAAAUGCAUUAAGCGGCAACUAUAUGGAAAAUAUUAUAAAAUGUUCGCAUCCAAAAAUGACCAGUCAAAAUGACCAACAAGACGAGAGUUUGACCGGUCAAGUCCACAAUCAGGCCGGACAUUGUCUGUUGACCGGCCAUUAUUUUGAGCCCAGUAAUUCUGGUGAGAACAGUUUCCACCAAAAGCCACAAAUUCAUAAAAUUAUUUGAAAGGUAGUACAGGUGGUUAGGAGAACAAGCUUUUCAGUGGCUUGUUCUGGCCAAUUUUACAUUGUUCUUUGUUCUUUAAAGAAAAAAGAAAAACAUUUGGGUAUGGUUGUUUGGACAGUUUUCUCCCCCACAAAUUCAGUGUUCCAGCCAGAAAUUUCUGCUUGUGGGCCAAAGUGGCCCUACAACCCAUUUUUUGGGGCCAGAUAUUUCAAGAAAGAUCCAAUGCACUAGUAGCUUGCUAAUAUGCAAAAGAGAAGAAACAGUUGGAAAGUUAAGGAAAUGAAAAUGGCAGUUUAUUUGAAGCUGACAUGGAGCAUCCCUCUUUAUACACAAUAGAGGAAAUCCACGGUAAUAAAGCAAACAGUAUGAUCAGAAUGUAUGCAAUAAGAAUAGUAAGUAAUUUUUUUCAUCUCAUUUUCCACUUCACUGUCAAGAUCUGCUUCCUUUUGCUUCUUCUGAACUGCUCGCCUCCAUCCACUUUUUUGUUACUUACUGAGAAAAAACUUUCGAUAGACCUCGAAAAUGCGUUUGUCAGGUUCGUCCUUUUUCGAGACGCCAUGAUGGGUACCCAUCAGCUCCUGUGAUAUUACAAAAACCAAGUCGAGGCUCAGUGGUCUCCAGACCACUCACGGUAAAUCAGGUAAACUCAAGAAGAUUCAUUGAUUGAUUUUCAUGUUGUGUAUAAAGGUACGGAGUCGUUGUUCUUUAGAUUAAAAAUUGUGUUUUAUUGGAAAAUUAUUGUAGUUGAAGUAAAAGAGACAUUUUUAAGCUGAGGGAAUUAAAGAAGUCAAGGGCCAUAAUGGCCCUUGAACGCUUUUGGUGGGGGCCAUCUCUCGAUAUUUUGCGGGAUUCACGCAAUGGCGCACUCUGGCUGGAACACUACAAAUUAGGUGUUAAGGUUGUCAAUGACCAUGGGAACAUUCUACAAGGGAUGAGUUAAAGGGUUGUUCAGGUGCAAUUGGGUUAAAGAUUAUUUGUAAAGAAGAUAUUGGUGUAAAGGGUCUGUGCCAAAGGAGCACUAUGCUUAAGCAAUAGAAAAUGUUUUGCAUGUUUGCGUAGCCUGAUAUAAACACUCGAGGGGUUGGAAGAAUUCUCAACAGUGAUGCAAUCCCGAGACAAAGUCGAGGGUUUGCAUAACUGUUGAGAAUUCUCCCAACCCCUCGAGUGUUUAUAUCAGGCUAUGCAAAUAUAGGAAAAAAGUUUUCUAUUGCUUUUAUGUAUUAACUUUCCCGAGAAAAAAUGCGAAACUCUUUGUUAUGGGACUAAUUUAAAGGAGAAAUUCUCACCAGUCGUGAAAUGCUGUACUCAAAGUCUUGCUCGCGUAGUCAGUUCUUGUUUUGCAAAAAAGAGGCUUUCCAAAAUACGGAUUUUUCUCGCUUAAAAUGUCGGCUUAAGCAAAAAAAAAAAAAAAUUACACGGCAUAUUUUGUAAAGACUUUCCAAGUUUCAGAUGACGAGGGAAUGGGUAAAUUAGUAAAGUAAACUUGUUGAGUUUUCUACUCAAAUUCAUGCUUGCGUGAUUAGUGCGCGAAAAGCAAAACAUCUUGAUGUCACAUUUAGUUUACAUACUCUCAUGCAAACAUUCCUCUCGUCCAAUUAGAGCGCACAUACUAUCUUAGUUAUUAUAUAAAAUAACACAGUGUCUAAUCUUUUUAUACCUCAGCCACCCAUUACUGCCUGUGUUGAACCAAAUCCCCUGUGCCCCUCUUGACAACAUCAAUAAUUUUAUUUAGCAGUCAUAAGGAAGUUAAGCAAAAAGGAUGACAACAUCGACAGGAAUGGCAAAAAGGCAAUAGGUUUAGAUUAGCAAAACAAGACUUUGCACCUUGCGUUAUGCUUUUUUGUGCAUUUCUUUGCCAUUGUUGCAUGAUCACAACAUGAAACUACCUCAUUAAUUUCAUGUUUUGUAGCGGAUGUGAUCACCAGACAACGAUUGUCUUGUUCAUUCAUAUUUAAACUUAGUCAUAGCCCUUUAGAAUUCAAAUCGAGAACACUUGCCCAAUAUUUGACAAAUUGAAUGACAUAGAAUAAGAUGGGAUGAAUUUUGAAACAGUAUGAGGUCACUUUUUUUAAAAAACGUUUGCUGCUGUCAUCAUCGUUGUUGCUUAAGUGCUCUAUUAACAGUCAGACAACAACUCUAGUCAUGUUUCAAUUGAUUCUCAUGCUUAACAUUUAUAGGUUUUUUUUUUAAAGUUUUACAAUACUUGAUUAUUGAUUUUCAUGCUUUACAUUUUCAAACAUAACAUUUUAGAAUUUUUUUUUUAAAGUUUUACCAUACUUGAUGUAUAAUGUCACAAUUGAUUUUCAUGCUUAACAUUUUAGGAGUUUUAAAGUUUUACAAUUAGAAUUUUUAAAGUUUUACAAUACUUGUUGUAUAAUGUCAUUAUAGGCUAGAAAUGUAAUGAUCUUCAAUCGGCUUUCAUAAUGUAAAGCGCAUUGAGGAUAGAAAUGCGCUUAAUAACAAUCUAUAUUAUUAUUAUUAUUAUUAUUAUUAUUAUUAUUAUUUAUACCAUUUGUGUGAGAAGAUUGAGAAAUUUUCAAUUUUGAUUUUAUUUAGAUGGACGAGACCUCAAGGACUGCACUUUACCAAAAGACAUCAAGAAGUUUCUGGUGGAUGUUCAUGACUUUACUGAGGACCUACCAGGGGAGGACAUCUUUCCAAUGUUUCAUCCUUAUGUCACAGUAAGGUCUUUAAAAGAAAAAAAAAUUGAACGGAUGUGUGAAAAAAAAUACCAAAUGAUUCUUGAUGUACUGGUUACACCAUAAAUCCUCUAUUAAGCCCCCCUUUCCAGGGGAAGAAAGUUAUUAAGCCUCCCCCUCCCUCUAUGAAGCCCCCGCUCCCCUCCCCCAAUUUUUCUUUACUAAUCUAUUUAUCUAUCACAACCAGUUAACUUGGUGUGGACUGAUAUGGGAUGGUUCAUUUACCAACUGGAAGUUCAGAUUUGGUUCUGAUCCUCAGCUGCAUGACCUCCACUCUUCUUGUACUUGAGCUUUUCCACUUGGUAUUGUAGUUCUUUAUGGAGAACUGAUACCAUUGUUGUUGUGUCUUAAUCGUGUGUUGGAACUGAUUCAAAUGGAUUAUUAAGUCUACCCAAGGAACACUCUGGAUCUAACCUGCCGUGCUUGUAAUAAUCAAUCCCAUGAACCUUUGUACACUCAUAUAUCAUGUAAGUUAUACUGAAAAUACACCACAUCCUUUCCUUUUUCAGAAUACUACAUACAAGGGAAACAUAAAUGACCUUAGAAACUACUAGGAUAAACCAGAACAAACUUCGUAACUGCACAAAAUAAUGGUGUAAACUUGACUUCAGUGGGAUAAAGUCACGCAGUUCAAUAAUAACUCUACUGAAGUAACUUAACACUGUCUUAGUAAAAUGCUAAUAGUUCUAAUAAGGCAACUCAUAUUAGUCUUUGAACUUGACUCUGGUAACUUCUUAUGAUGAACUGGUCUGAUAGAUAUAGCAGUUCUAGUUUGUCCACAAUCUGUCUCAAGGUCUGUCAGGUCUGGUCUCUUUGAGAAGCAUUCCUUUCCUUUCCACAAUCUGUCUCAAGAUCCAUUGGUAGAGUAGGACUCUCUGCUUGAACAUCCUCUUCAACAGGCAGAGAAACAGUUUGACCAGGGCUCAAAGUUUAAAUUUGAGUUUGGGAGCACUUGUGCUACCAGAUGUAAAUUUCUAGGUGCACUGCGGAAAUCUUAGGCGCGCAGCUGAAAAUAUUAGGAGCACAGUUUAUAAUGUUGGGAGCAUCUAUUUCAAAAGAAAAAGUAAAAAGCUUAACAGUGCCACGUUUAUUUGUCAUCUUCAGUUUGCUACUUUUACUUCAGUCCUGUGAUUGAUAAAACACAGCCGAUUUGCUACACAGUAAUACCGUUGUGAUUUUUUAUACUAAUUUCUCUUUUUGACAGUACAGCUGUGACUAAACAAAACUUACACUUGAAAAAAAAUUAGAAACUGACAACAACGAGAGUGUCGAACGAGAAUGAAAGUUAAUCUUUAAUGAAUUUGUUAAAUGCCCAAUGACUUACAUGUACCUGGGAUAUGACUUAAAAACUUUCUUACCUGGAAAAAAAAGGCCCUUAAUCUGCACUGUUUUUGUUUUGAUUGACCUUAAAACUGAUCGUUCGACGUGAUCGUCCAUUGCGCAAAAAGCACAUGUUUCGUUCGUAGCAUAUAUUUGCAUGUGUCAGCAGUGUUUAUUACAAAACAGAAGAGUUUGGGAUGGAGUAAAACAUCGAAACAAAAAAGAACAUUCGAGUUUAUGGAAUCCAGUGGGAGAAAAGACCAAUUAAACAUACACCGUCUUAUCUGGUUCGAGUUCGUAAGUAUAGUCGGAAGCAAGUCAGUCACACUGUGCUGUGGGUUUUAUGGUGCACAGGUGCGAUUACACAUGAAUUUUUAGGCACACAACCAAAAAUCCAGUCACAUAUGCGACCAGUUAGUUGUUAACUUUGAGCCCUGUUGACUUGGCAUGGGUGGCGGUUCCUCAUACUUUUUGACGUGCGUAGUGCUCCUUUUUAACUUAACACCCUAAGGAGACUUGAUAAUAAUGCUUCUUCCAUUCCUGCUAACAACUUCAUACAGUUCUGGUGCAAAUGGUGUCGACAACUUGUUUUGCUUCUCUUGUUUUAGUAAUACUCUGUCACCUGGAACCAGAUCUGAAUACUCUGCAUGCCUUUUCUUUUCUGCAUAUAACUUAGCUUUUGCUUUCAUUUCUCCAUCUCUGUCUUGCACUUCACUCCGUACAUGGUCUUCAUGGAAUUCAGGUAACUUGGUCCGGAUUUUUCUUCCAAACAGAAGUUCAGCUGGACUCACUCAGGUGGUGAUAUUAGGAGUCGAUCUGUAUGCUAUCAAGUAUUUGUGAACUUCUUCCUUCCACUGUUUGCCUCAGCGUGUGCAAUCUGCAUCCUUUUCAAAAGAGAUCGGUCCUGCCUUUCCACCUCACCAUUUGUUUGGGGCCAUAAAGGCGUGGUCUUGCUGUGCUCGAUGCCACAUCCUUCCAAAUAUCUUUCGAACGAACAUCCUUGAAACAAACUGCGGCCCAUUGUCACUGGUUACUGAUAGUGGUAAACCGUGAAUCAUGAAGAUUCUCUCCAGACUCUCAAUGAUCUUUUCAGAUGGUGUGGAAUGCAUGAUCUCAAUCUCAUAAUAUCUGCUGAAGUAUUCAACCACAACUAACACAGAGUCACCUGGUGGUAGUAAUAAUAAUAAAUCCAGGGCCAAGCCUUGCCGUGGACCUUGUGGUAAGGGGGUUGACUUGAUUGGCUCCAGGUUAGCAGGACUGCUUACUAGCUGGUAUCCAAAACACAUUCUGCAAAAUCUUUUCCGUCUCUUUGUCUGUCACGGGCCACCAUACUCUUGAUCCCAACCUCUGCUUCAUACUGACAAUACCGGGAUGCCCUUCAUGUGCCAGUGUAUUAAAAAAAAGUACUUGUGGUCUCAACUUGCUAGGUAUUACAAUUAUUCUGGUGCUUUGGAGGAUUAGCUUGCCAAUCACACACAGUUCACUGGCUACAGAUAUGUACUGCUUGAGCUGGCCAUAAAAUACGAGUGUCACAUGCACACAGUACAAUGUACAUGUACGUCCGGGCAAUUUAUACUGUACAUGCAAUUUUGUUAUCUUAAUAGAUGUUCUUUUGUUUUUCAGUCACAAGACUUUCCUCGUCUAUCAAUGCUCCCUCAUCCUGAGAAUUACUCUUUUGAAGCAAAGGUGAUGUCUGGCUCAGAUGCUGAUCUGCAAGAGUUAAUCUGUGGAGGAUGGAUAUUGCAACAUUAUCUAGACUGGCCCUGUCCAUCAGAGGUAUCUGAGUGGUUGUUUCAGGUCAUGUGCCGACACCAAGAUCAGCAUGUGAUUAGUUCAACUUUUCAAGUCCUGUGGGUGAUGGUUGAAACAGCUACAGAGGUAAGUUCAUGUUUGACUGUGUCGUAUUUAAAGGUCAGUUAGGCUACUUAUUAUAAUCUUGAGAUUUAACCAAAAGUAUGCUGCAUGCAGAGGCUGUAGAAUUCAUGUAGUGUUUAUACCAAGGUUGAUGGUACCAUUUUUGGUAGCAAUAGUGGUAUGGUGGUUAAGCACUUGUCUCCGACCAAUAUGACCUGGGUUUGAAUCAUAGAAGCAAUGCAAUUUUUUUUCCAUGGGUUGAGUUUGCUGUUGGUUCUUGCCCCUCCUCUAAGGGUUUUUUUACCCAGGUACUCUGGUUUUCAACUUUCCAUAAAAAGAAAGCAACAACAAAAUUAACAUCAACAUCAACAAAAACAAUGACAAUAAUCACUAUUAUGCUGUUAAUUGAUUAGAAAUAGUUAUAUUUGGCAAAUACUGAUUUGAUCAUGAAUGGCAGAUAACAACACUACUGUAUGUGGAUGACAAACUAUCCUUAAAAUAAAAUUUCAAUUAUUUAUUUAUUAAUUAUUUUACUUAUUGAUUGGUAUAAAUUACUGGCCAAUGUGAUGGAUGGGUCCUGGAUGUGCAUGUAAGGAAGGUAAGAAUAAUCAGGGAAUGAAAAUCUAAAGACCACACUGUGUGACUUAUUGAUUAAUAAAAAAAAGAAAAGAGUUUUAGUUUAAAUAGCUUGUUGACAAUGAGGAUUUUAAGUCCUUAUUUAAUCCAAUGACAAGACAUAAUCUUGACCGAUGAUUGUUUCCUUACUGUAAGACUCAGUGACAGGGGCUUGUGUACAGGAUGUUAAAACUUCAAUGGUUAAACUGUGUGUAAGAACAGAUUUGAGUACAAAUUAAAAUUUUCUGAAAAGGUCAAACAGUGUAAGAGGUUUUAUUGAUUUCAUUAAUAUCUGCGGUUUCAUCAUCAUCAAACUGUGAAUUAGCCAGCAUCGCGGACGUUAUUUGGCCUCGGUUAGUAACGUCUGCGAAGCAGUGCUGAUAUCCUAGUUCUAGGCUCCCAACGGACUCAACAAAUUACCAGGAGAGCAUUUUGAAUUCCCUUUCAUCUUGACUGGCAAAUUUGACAAUGGCAUUUUUAACAGGCCAAUCACGGCAUGUACUCAAAUCCUGGUAUACAGGUGGAGACCUAGGACAAGGAUUUUGGCGCUAUUUCUUUUAACCAGAGUUUAGUUUCGUCUGUGGCACAGGCUAACCGUGAAUCUGCUCUUUCAGAACCGAGAAGAUAUUCCCCAAGACCCAAGAGGCUCAUCAUGGGUGCCAAGUGUCAAAAAGGUUAUAAAAGAGUUACUUUCAUUAGGUGCAAGGGUCCCUAGACUCUUUCCUGGAGAUCUUGUUACCCAACUAAACAUCAAGGAAAUUUUGUCAGAUUCAUCCUCUGAAGACAUGGAAGAUGUGACUGGUAGUGGCAAACCCCAGACUGAACGCUUUCCUCUUGUGAACAUAAUGCAUCUUGUGCAGUUUCUCACACAUUGUCUUCAAAAGUGUCCUCGUUGUUAUGUAGUCCAGGAGCUGCAAAACCUUGCAGUGUUGUUGUGUCGUUUAGCAUUGGAUGUUAGGCUUCAAACAGUGGUGUUUGAUAUUGAGAUGUGCCUGGCAGCUGUGCUGAACUGUUUUGGAGAGAUGCAGUGGCCUGAUGAGGUAUGGCAUUAACCCUAGUAUCAAAAUUCAAAUUUGAAUUUAAUUUUGCUGUCCCUAUGAGGCUGGUUGUUUAUUACAAUGUACCUGUGAUGGGGGCAGGCCAUUUUGAAAAUGCUUAGAAGAUUUUUAAACCAAUAGCCCCCAAUUCAUGCUAUUGUAGAUUUUUAGAAAUGCCCACAUAAAUUUAACAUGUUGUGAAAGUGCUCCCCCCCCCCCCCCCCACCUGAUUGCUGUGGAAAAUAGAAAUAUUCUAACUACAAAUUGUGCCGAAGUUAGCCACAUACUUUAUCUACAGUCGUAUUUAUAAGAUCCGUCUUUACUAUUUACGGCUGUUACAUUCAAUUUUAAUUUUUUUCCACGCUCGUUACUGCUUUGCACUACUUUCCUGAAAUGUGUUUAAAGGACCUUCCCCCCAUAUAAUGCUUCCUUUUCUGAAAAUGACUCCAAAACCAACCAAAAUUUUUUAAAUUACCCUCCGCAAGAUGGUAAUAAAUGACCAGCCCUUAUACGUUUUCAAUAGAAGUAGUGGGGAGAAUUUGCUGAAGCAACAAUUCGAUUCAUCUACUGUGAACAUGUCCUCAAUUCUCAUGACCACUCAGUUUCAUAUAGCUUUGGUAUUACAGGGAGAAAUUUCGUGCUGAUCACUGUUGAGGCUUAAAGGGUUAAGCCUCUUCAUUGGUUAUAAUGGUCACAGGACUGAGUGAAUUGAAAAUUCGAUUCAGUAAGCAUUCCUUUGAGUGAUUAAACAAAAUUAGAUGAGGGCAUAGCUAGAGUCUGAUUUGUUUAAUUAUACAUGAUUACUGAUUGAAUUGGACGUUUCAAAAGUUCUGUUGCCAGUGAAUCACAACUACUACCUGAUUUGAGAUAUUUUGUGAUAAUUUCAACUUCGGUUUGAUAAAACACAAAAUCUCUUUAGAUUUAACACAAAAACAAUAGCAAAAACAAAAAUCUAUAUUUAAGUCGAGAAGAGAAAGUUAGGACACCCAACUGGCAGAAAGUGAACAAGUGGGCUACAAUAUUAAUUUACAAAUGUUGCAUAAGAUUUAAAACUCAGGGCCCCGACGUGGUCAUGGCAGAAUAGUUUGUUUGCGUCGGAGAAUGGAGGAAACUACUUGCACUCAUAUAUUAUCUUAGUACAUGUUACAACUUUCAGAUUAAAGAAUUGUGCAGAGUCAUGGCAAAACUGAGCACAGACCAUAGAAACCUGUUGCACCUUGUGCAAAUCCAGCCUCCUUCAGUCCGCGGCAUCCAACUUCAACGUCUUCUGGGCGUGACUCUGCUACAUUGGCUUGUGCCGAAGUUUGGUCAACAAAAAGAAGCUGGGAGACGCACUGAUGAUGAAAGAUGUGAUGUAGCUGUACCAGACACUGUUGAGGUAAAAAUAAAGAGUGUAGUAAAAAUGAUAAUGUAGGGACCUAAAAGAUCCUGGAGAGCAUGGGGAAAGUGCUGCCUGAUAGACGCUUUAGAGGGGCAAGCAACAAUAAUUAUUAUACUAGAAAUAUAUGUAUCGAAGAACCCCAGGAGAACCUCUAGACUGUCCAUAUACUUCUUUUUUCCGAUAACAAUUAUUUUAUAAGGAUAUUGAGGCUAAAAAUUAUGAAAUUUUAAGAAUAUUAAUUUUUGAGAGUAAACCUGAGGCUGAGAAUUUAAAAAGGUUUCAAUUUUGUAUUUGAAAAUCUGUAAAUACAGUAAAAUUUAUGUUUUUAAGUCAACCGUAGAAAAUUAUUCCUUUCACUAAACGGCAAGAACACUGGUCAGUGAGACCCCGAUUUAUUGUAAAGCCGAAAUGCCAUAAGCUAUAAUUUAGAAUUUAGAAUAAUUUAAGAAUAUUUCCAACCUAAAAUCGAUAGGAAAAUAAAAAUAUUCAGUCUGGGUCGGAAAAACAAGAUUCUUAUAAUUAUAAUAUUAUGAUUAAAAAAAGAGUUUAGUAAGCUUACUGUGAAGGAUCACUUUUUGAACCCGUUGUUGGUCAUGGUGUAAUGGCUGAUCGUCUAUCCUCAGCUCAAUCCGUUGGCAAGAUAUCGCUCACGUGUAUUUAACAGAUCGUGUAAUUCUUGCUACCUAUCGUUGCUUAAUUUCGACUGUAAACUUCCAGUAAGCAUUGCCUUUCCUGAUCGCUUUCUUUGCGAACGUUGGCAUUGUAAUUGCGGUAUUUUGUCGCUGCCCUGUACACUAGCUGUCUGUAAAUGUCCUCUGUCUCUUGUUGACGGCUUCUUCUUCACUGGGCAAAGCGAUAUUCUCUCUGCCGCGGGGUUUCUGGCUGUCAUCGUCUUCUUCGUUGCUUACAGUGAAUUUCAAUUUGGCGUUCUUGCUCCAGAAGAGUGUCGGUGGUAAAUCUUCCCCGUCACGGAUUUGCAACCACUUGUUGAAUCCAGAGUUGUCGCGUUUGCUGUUCUGGUCAUUUGCAUUUAAGGAAAUUGCUGGUUAUUUACCGAUAGCCGACCGACUUUGCAUGCCGCUAAGACCAUGUGGGGCCCACGCGCUGCUCGCGUGCUUCGUGCGCGACAAGAUUACAAACUCGCGUACGCGAGGGUGCUUCGUGCCCUCGCGUUGCGAGAAAUUAUUGCCGAUAUCAAGUAAACGUCAAUGUUAAUGAAAAAGGGAAACUUCAGCAACAGCAUGUACAAAGGCAAGCAUUUUUUUUAGAUUUAAAUUUAUCUCACCAUGGCUGGAAAAUUAAUGUUCCAGUAAGCAUGAUGUACAGCCUAUAAGGUACAUGUAGCCUGACUGCUACUUGUAACAUUGGGUUGACUAAGAUGAACAUCUGCCAUUGGCCGGAAGGUCUCUUGGAACCUUUUGUGCGACUAGCCAUAGCACUGUUAGAAAGUACAUGUAGUUGGCCAAGGUGAGAGUGCUAGUACAACUACUGCUAGUAAAUUAUGAUUGCACUGCCAGUGUAAUGUUGUACUGAUAUAGGUUAUUAUUUGUCUAUUUUGAUGCAGGUUUCAAGCCUUGUAAAACUUGUAGAACAAAUAAAACCGAAGGAGGAUUCAGACUAUUUUCUGUUGCACACCAUCAUUUCACUGUUGAGCCUUGCAGUGGGAAGUGAAGACCUACCACCAAAGGAGAGGGUAAUGGCCAUUUCGGAUCAUUAUACAUUUCUGGGACCUGCCAAGCUACCCCUCCCCUAGGCCAACAUUUACACUUACUUUUCCUUAGAGAAAAAUGUUGGCCUAGGGGAGGGGCUGGUGGAGCCAUCCAGAGGGGGGCAUUAAGACGAGUGGGAUGAUUGAGGGAGGGUAAAUGUGAGGCGGAACCCCUUCUCCUGUCCUGUUUCUUUUGUCUUCCACAGUCUCUUUAUUGUGAAUUUCUUUUCAUCCUGUCAUUUCUAGUAUAUGGUGAUGUAACUCUUUCAUUGCUAAGUGAUUCGUUCACUCCCUCUUUCUCUCAGUACAACUUGAUCGCGAAGGGUAAAACCAGCAACUACCCAUAUAAAUAAAAGGAUUAUGCAACAAUACAUUGAGCGGGCUCAUCACCCUAAGAACUUAAAUAUUAUUUGUAAACUCCUAUCAUGGGAAAAUCUAGCGUUUGCUACCUGAGCGAGUGGAUGUGGCUACAGCUUUUUUUCUACUUAUACACUUAGCCUUCUAAGCGCAGACGUAUUUCUGUGUGUCGCUUCUCUCUGCCCGAAAUGUUACUAGAUUAGCGACAACUGGAACAACCGCUGCGUUCGCAGGAUAGUAGUUGCCCUUUUCAGCGACAAAUCCCUACUAUCGGCAUUACUUCUUUGAAGCUACUGGAAUUAGGCUAUAUAAAAAGUUAAACGUAGUUUUAGAUUGAGAGAAGAUAUGAGCUUAAACGGUUGAAAAAAUGACAUUCUUAAACUAUAUUUUUUUUUCGCUUAGUUAAGUGCUACAAUGUAGAAAUUUCCAUUUUUGAAUGCAGACUGACUCAAUAAUACGCUGCGUGAGUUGACGCGCGUAAAUGGGAUCUGUUUAGGAAAGGAAGCAAAGUGUUAGUAAUCAUUGCCAAAUGCAACUCGAAUAAUAACCGAGCAUAAUCCGUCGUUUUUGUAACAUUUGCUCUAUACAAGAUGUCGUUUUAACGCCUGUUACAAACCGCUUACGAGUUAGGAAUCCACUUACAAAACUUCAACUUCGAAAAAUCUUCGGCUUUCCGUCGGCUCUUAUGGACAUUAGGAUGGUGGAAUCAAGGACAGCAACCACAAAGAUAACCUCUCAUUUGCUGAAUAGACCGUUGCACGGUUUUUUUUCCAACUCUUCACCUGGUUAAGUUAGGGAAAAUCCGUCGACUCCACUGGAAAGAGUGCCUUUAAAUUAACAAGAUUACCAAGUCUGAAAUUGAUUUGUGGCAAACUUACGAAGAUGUAACUUCUCAAAGUCGCGAAAUUUUUACAGACGUUUGUAUGGUGGGGUGGGGCAAACUUGCGCCCACCAUACAAAUGUCUGUAAAUUUCGCAACUAUGCGAAGCUAUAUCUUCACUUUCUUAAGACGUAUCACUUUUAAACUUGACAAUCUUACUAAUUUUAAGACGCUCUUUAAGGUGGUGUCGACGGGUUUACCCUACCUUGCCCAUGGCAAACGUUGAAAAAAACCGUGGAAAGGUCUAUUAAUACAAUUCACUGUUAUUUUUUCUUAUGUAAAGGCACCACUUGAGAAGUUAACGAACAAGCUAAGGUCAUUGAAUGGAGACAUCAAAGAUCCGAGGGCGGCAUUCAUGAACAGAACCAAGGUAAAGUAGCACUAAAGUAAGAAAGAACGAAAACAUGCAUCCUGUAUUAUUACUUUUGUUUCUUCGUGGAAAACGUUACCCAUAAACUCUGUUAUUUCUUCAGGUGAAAGAUCUCUUAGUAAGGACACUUCUUCGACUGGCUUACAUGACACAGUGUAUUAAACCAUCAAGAGAGGUAUGUAGCCCGAAUUUUUAUUUAAAAUAAGAUCCUUAUUCCCUUUUUCUAACUUAAAGAUAAGUACGUCUUCUUUUAGAAACGUCUUUCCACUCGAUCUCUCCUCAUGUCGACAUUCACGUAUGUAGUAAGUAAAAAAAAAAAAUCACAAAAAUCAAAAGGGUACUGACCGAAGGCUAAUACGGCAGACGAGUGGCGUUUUAAUCAGUUUGUUUCCAACGUUAAAAUAGACAAAGGUUGUCACUUCCGACAGUUCACUACGUUUUGCACCGACAGGUAUUCUUUUAGGGUGGGUUUGAUCGCCCAAAUCGAUCGUCCCUUUGGAAUAAAACCUUAGCAACUAAGAUUCGGCGCCUAAGUUGUGUAAUGUUCGAGUCUUAAUACCAGUCUUACGUCUGUCCCCACCCAGUGCAAUUAAUACUGGAACCAAAAUACAGGGAAUUCACGGGACCCUCGCUCAGUGGAGCUACAAGCAAAGAAUCUAAGUAAUAGCGGCGCUCCCUUAUCACUUUGGACUGGCCAUCUGUAGUUCAGGGUUCAAAUCUGGCCUGGUCUGGACGUAUGGUGUAUAAAUAGAUAUCAGUUACAUAGUGCCAGAGGGAGGGAAGGAGUUAGUAUGCGAAGUCAAACUAUCUGUUUUAGCACCACUGGCAUUUAGUAGCAUCUCAGGAGUUGCUUCAGGCUUCAAAUCCGAGUUAAGCUACUAGCGAGUGGAUUCCCUGCGGUUCGAGUCGCAGUUCCCCCUGUACACCACUUCCACAUUUCCCAUAAUGCACCUUAUUUGCUCCCCAAAAUUUUGCAUAAGCAGUGUUUUCAAUUUCUCUUGGGACGGCUGUGAUACCCAGGAGAAGUGAGAAACAAAGGUUAUACAAAAUUUUGAGGUGCAAAUAAGGUGCAUUAUGGGAAAUGUGGUAGGGGCGUAUAAAAGGACACUAUUCACGAUGCUCGCCAACUUGACACGCGCCUUCGGGAUGAAGGGAUAAAAGCGACGUCACGUGGUAUUCCAGGGGGCAAACGACGGUUAAAAUUUGUCAAAACGAGUAAACGUGGUCGAGUUUGUUUUGUUCCAUCAAAACGUGACAACGACAAUUAUUAGUUUUUGCAAAAAGGACAGUUCGAGGUUCGACAAGUCAUUAUUGCUCGCUAUGAGGUCGUGUAAAAUAACAAUGACCACUUCUACCACCCCCCUCCCACCAAGCGAAACUUCUUUUAUCCCAUUAGUCCGUAUACGCGUGCAAAAAUGCAAAGAUGGUGGGUAUCGUGAAUAAGGUGUAUUUUUUUAUACCCUUCGAACCACUCCACUGCCUGUGGGGUCAAAGGAAAUGGGCCUUUAUAAUGAUGAAGACGUGGAAGACGUGGUAGAAACGUUAUAGCACGGGUGAAUUAAUGUCUUCGUUACCCUGCAGAGCUACAAUGUCUGCGUCGCAGACACUCUAUGCCAAUGCUUCCCUUCCCUGUCCCUUGGGAUAAUUUUUUGACUCGCCCUAACUCUCUCAGUCUCUGCAGCGUUAGCAAAAUUCUCGAAAAGAAAAGGCGCCAUCGACUAUCGAUCGAACGCGGAUCUUGACUGUGACUAACUUCUUACAAAUUUAUUUCUUUUAAUCGAUUUAUCUUCGAAAUGAUUAAUGUACUUUUAUAAUAUUAAAUUGUUAGGCUUAUAAAAAAAGUCUAUUAAAUUCGUCGGGGAAAAAAGGGUGGUAGCAGUUAUCGAAACCGGUACCUUCGGAUCCGAAGGUUAAGCUUUAACGCCUGUCGCUGGGAGGACAAUAGAAAUAUCUUUACGGACGGACGGACAGACUGACUGACUUACACAGACAUGGACAUAGUACAAAAAUGAACCUUUUACUGGAACGAAAUACUGAAGAAUUAAAACAGGACAUUAUCAUCUUCAAUCUGAACACCUCACACUCACAUCUAGCCAUUAUUACACUGACGUGGAAACACUCAAAAGUCGCUCAUUUAUCAAAAACAGUGCUUGCGUAAACCAGUUGUUGCCAGGGUAGUUAAAAAUUGUCGUCUGGAUUGUUUUUGCCGUCUACUGUAGCACAGCCAUUAUUGCACAGUAAAUGCUGUCACCCGAUAAGGUUUUGUCAUGAACAGGAAAAAGCUCGCUAUUGACCCGACUUUGGUUCGCGGGCAAAUGAUCGUUUCCUUUUCUCAUUUUAUUUACCUUUUUUCACUUCUAUCAUCGAUCUAAUCAUUCAUGUUUCAUUUGACAGCACCAUAUAGCCAGUUUUUUCGAGUACGAGAGCUCGAAAUUGGAAAUAGAAUUACUUAAAGACAGGGAGGAGAAAUUUGGCAACGAAGAGGAGGAGAAUGCUGUAGGAGAGCAGGAUAUGAUGGAUUGUGGCCCGGAAAAUUAGCGCUAAAUAUGAUUGUAUUGCAUUUUUCUUUUUGCUUUGUUCUUGUUGUUGUUUUUCACGUUGCCAGCGGGGCCUUCUUUGGUUUGUUCAGUUUUGGCGUACUCGAGAAAGACUCUGCAUAAAUCGCAUUAGACCUUUGUUGAGUAUGCGCGGCAUGUUGCUAGGAGAGAGUUUCAAACCCAGGCCUAAUAGCUGUGUGCUUGCUUCAGCGGGCUCGGUUAAAGUCCAGUUCUGGCCCCUGUCUCUCUAUGUCACGCAAUCCCGACGUUGCGUGAGAUGUGCCAGAACUGGACUAGCUCGGUUACGACCAUCGGUUUAUCAAUAAACGGAUGCACACACUCGAAAAAAACAAUUUGACGAAAAAGAACAAGAUUGACCAGUGAAGAAGUUCGGGCUGGGGCGACUUCAAAGGUUAUUCAGGCGGAGCAUCCUUUUCUUUUUCUCACUCAAGAAGACAAAAGGAGGCUCUGCUCUCAGGGUGGAGGUUUUGGAUCAGUUUAGGUUUCUGGGAAACUGCUCGCCCACCCCUCCCCUAAGCCAAC